AUGGCGGAAACCGCGCGUUCACACGACGGAAGAGACAAUCCAGCAGUCUGGGAUGAGACGUCGCGUGCUUGGGUGAAAGCUGCGAAAGACUUCUUUAUCCCUUCUCUCGACUUCAGUCACCACAAGGGCCAGAAUGGGCGCAUCUGCGUUGUGGGGGGCGCUCUGGAGUUCACCGGAGCCCCGUACUUCAGUGCCAUGGCUGCGCUGCACAUGGGGAUGGAUCUGGCGUAUAUUAUAACCACUCCCGAGGCGGCGGGGCCCAUCAAAACGUACAGUCCUGAACUCAUCGUCUACCCGAUUUUGCCGGGUGAAUCACAGCGUGGGCAGUCACUCGAAGACGCGCUGGCCCGCCUUGAAAGCAAAGCGAGUGCGAUUCUGAAGAAGUGUGACGUGAUCGUCAUGGGACCGGGUAUGGGGUCGCCUGCAGUGCCGCCAGCUCCGGAUGCCGGAUCAGACAAAGACAGGGACUUGCGCGAGACUCGAGGAAUGACCCCUGAAACCGGAUGCGCCGUACAACGGGCUGCACUCACUGUCUUGAACAUGGCUAUGGAGGAGAAUAAAUUUCUGGUCAUCGAUGCGGAUAUGAUUCGCGUCCUGUGUGCGCCCUCGCAUUCGCCGUCACUUCAACGGCUGAAGAACUACCGGCAGUGUAUCCUGACUCCGAACAAACGGGAGAUCGACCUCCUCCUACGAGCUUUCCACCAUCUCACGGAGUCCUCGCCCCCGCCGCAUGGUUCUUUCCUCUCUUCGUUUUUUGCGGCGGCGCAUCGUGAGCAGCAGAGAAGCCUUGGUGCGCAGACUGCGAGCGGCGUUUCCUCAGACAUCUCUGAACAAAGGAAAUCAGCAGCCGAGACGCAGGCGGCGCCCACAGCUUCUGAAGACUCGGCGAGUGCCCUGACGGCGCCUCCGUCGCUCCUCCCCCUGCCUCUGUUCCCUUCCUCCUUCAUGCCUUUUGCCCCGACUCUCGCUGGACUUCCGCUGGGACUGGAAGGGCCCAGUUUGCUUGUGAAGGGCGCAGCGGACGUCCUCGUUGUUUUUUCACGCGCGCCCAGUCGGCCGGGGUAUAGCUCGCCAGACAGCGGCGGCGCGGCUUUCGCGGCUUGCGGUCUCUCGCGGGCCUCGCGAGGAAGUCCGAAGCGCUCAGGCGGUCAGGGAGACGUUCUGGGAGGGGUGCUUGCAGCUUUCAUCGCUUGGUGGCGAAUCGCACUGGCGAACCGAAGAGGUUCACCUGGCGUGGUGUCUGUACACCCUGGCUCUGCUGAAGGCAACGUGAAGAAAAACCCAGAAGAGACGGACCACGAGGCGAGGCGAGACACCAGCCUGGGCCCCGUCAUCGGCGUGGAUGACGAAGAGGCAGCAGGCCUCCUUUGCGCGGCUUUCAACGCCUGUCUUUUGGUGCGACAAACAGCGGCGCGGGCCUUCCAGGAGCACGGCCGAAGCAUGCUGGCAGGUCACCUCCUCGCACGCAUCGGCCCAGUGUUCCGGACGCUCUACAACGAGUAA